AUGAUCAGGGCCAAGAAAUGCAGCUUCGCCCUAUGCGGGAGCCUCUGCGGCCAUUGGAGGACGGCUCCCCUGGCCCUGAGACUUCACGUCCUCUCAGGCUUUCCAGAUGGACGAGGCUGGACACCCGCGGGUGUCAGGAGCCUCCGAAGCUGUGCCCCAGCCCAGCACCGUCCUCUCACCUUUGGGGACGUGCGUCCAGGCUGGGGCGGCCGGCAGCAGAUGUGCACAGGGAGAUUCCAGGGUUCCCCGAUGGUGACUGUGACCCACAGAAAGAACCCGAGAGGCAGUGUGACCCUGAAGUUUUGGACUUUUAAGCUGUAUUCUCGAGGUGCCACCCUGACCUGGCUUCGGGAUGGGGACCCUGUGUACCUCGGCACCUUUGGGCCUGGGGUCACCUUGCCCAGUGGCGACGGGACCUACCAGACCUGGAUGGCCACUCGUGUCCUUCCUGGAGAGGAACAGAGUUUCACCUGCCUCCUGAGACAACAAGGGGAAAACACCACGACUCCUGUCUUUGGUGAGGAACGGGGGGAGCCCUCAGCUUCGGGGAGCGGGAGCCAGGGUGAGGAAGGGCCUUGGGUGUGA